AUGGACCAUUUAUCAAGGUUAGAGCAACUGCGUGAUUCAGAUGAUGUGGAUAUUAAUGAGGUCUUCCUAGAUGAGCAGUUAUUGCAGAUAGAAAAGCAGAAGAAGAAGUUGCUUCAUGAAGCAAAAUUCUAUUAUUGGGAUGAUCCAAAUUUAUACGGAAGAGGGGCAGACCAGAUCAUUAGGAGAUGUAUGCCAGAGGAUGAGAUGAAAUCUAUCCUUUCACGGGUUCAUGCUUCGGCUUAUGGAGGACACUUUGGCCCCUCUAAAACAGCAGCAAAGGUGCUUCAAUGUGGUUUCUUUUGGCUUACAUUAUUCAAAGACUGCCAUAGUUUCUGCAGAUCAUGUGAUAAAUGUCAAAAAACAGAAGCUAAAGCAUUGCCUAUAAAUGACGCAAGGGCGGUGGUGGACUUCAUAAAGAAACACAUCUUUGACCGCUGUGGAUCACCUAGGGCCAUAAUAAGUGAUGGUGGAACUCACUUCCGUAAUCAGUUAUUCCAGAUAGUGCUGCAUAAGUACGGGGUACAACAUCGAAUGACCACUCCUUACUACCCUCAGAUAAGUGGACAGGUGGAAACCUCGAACAGACAAUUGAAAAGAAUUAUAGAGCUCACUGUGAAUGCAUCUUGCAAGGAUUGGUCAAAUAAAUUAGACGAUGCUUUAUGGGCAUAUCGCACUGCUUACAAGAUACCUAUUAGGAUGUCUCCAUAUCGACUAGUCUUUGGAAAAGCAUGCCACCUACCAGUGGAGUUUGAACAUAGAGCAUACUGGGCAUUGAAGCAAUUAAACAUGGACCUUGAAAAGGUCGGAGAAACAAGAAUACUGCAGCCACAUGAAUUGGAAGAAUUCAGAAGAGAAGCAUAUGAGAAUGCAGCCAUCUACAAGGAAAGGACGAAGCAGUAG